AUGCCUCGGAAUGCGCGGGAUGGAUUCGACUUUAGCUUUAUGAGCAACAAGGACGAUAGUCUAGGCUUCAUAGCAGAGGAGGACCGAGUGAAUUGUCCAUUCUACCUCAAAAUUGGUGCUUGCAGAAAUGGCGACCGCUGCAAUAGGGCGCAUGUGAAGCCAUCCAGUGGUCACACCAUUCUCAUUCCGCACAUGUACCCUUGCAUCCCAGAAGCCAUGGCUGUGGCCAAUGACGAUGAAUGGGAUGAUGAGACCUAUGCUCGCCAGCAGGAGCAUUUGGAAACCUUCUACGAAGAAGUCUUUCUGGAGCUAGCCAAGUUUGGCGAGAUCGAAGACAUGGUCGUCAUAGACAAUGUCUCUGAGCACAUGCUUGGCAACGUCUACUGCAAGUACUUCAAUGAGAGCGAUGCUGACAAGGCAGCCCAGCAGAUGGCAAAUCGCUUUUAUGGCAGCCGCUUGAUCACUGUGGAGUACAGUCCUGUCAUGGACUUUCGGGAAGCAAGGUGUAGAGCCUUCCACGAGACUCGAUGUGCCAGAGGGGGCAUGUGCAACUUUAUGCACAUCAAACAUAUCCCCAAGGCGGUGAAGAGAAACAUCGUCCGGCAGAUGUACGAGGCUCACCCAGACUACGCAGGUGCAAAGGCUGCGCUGGCUGGGCAGACGGGAAAAAAGCGGAAGGUGCACGUCCAAACCAAGGUCCAGACAAUGGAGGAACGACGGGCAAUGAUUGCAGAUUGGAACAAGGCUGAAAUAUGA